AUGAUGGCCGACGGGCUUCAUAUCCUACCAGAGCUCUUUUCAAGGAUCAGCGCGCCAGCACGGCCGCCAGCCCGCGCCGCCGAGCCCGCACCCACACAGCCCGCUCCACCCCGCGCCGACCGGCGUCCGCGCCUUCUCCUGCCAGCAUUGGGAGUCGCGCCUCCAGGCGCCCGUUCCGGCCCGUCCGCUCUCCGUCCCGCUCUCCGGCCCGCCUUCGCCAUGCGACCCCGCAGAGGUAGACCUCAGAACAUCUACCAUAUGAGUGUUUCAAUGUAUGCUAGCAUAAGCAUGGUACAUCAUAUUCUUAUGUGUUGUGUAUGUACAGAGGACUAG